CGUGCCGACUCAGACUUUUAUAUCUCACUCUUAUUAUUUAGAGAAAUUUCUCAUAAUAUCCCGCCAACAUGGCCAAUCCAUCACCAUGCCGCGUCUUGGUCAUGGCAUCCGGCAACGGAUCCAACUUCCAGGCCCUCAUCGAUGCCGUCGCCGCGGGGCAGAUUCCCAAUAGCAUCAUCACACGCCUCAUUGUCAAUCGCUCCAAGGCCUUUGCUACAACAAGAGCUGACAAGGCUGGCAUUCCAUGGGAGUACUUCAACCUCAUCAGCAAUGGAUUUCUGCCCAAAGGCGAAAAGGAUGAGGCCAAGGUGGCCGAAGCACGCUCCAAGUACGAUGCUGCUCUCGCGGAGAAGGUCCUUGCUCUGGAACAGCGUCCAGAACUCAUUGUUCUAGCCGGAUGGAUGCACGUCUUUGCUGCGUCCUUCUUAGAGCCUCUUGAAAAGGCCGGCGUCAAGGUCAUCAACCUGCACCCUGCUCUCCCAGGCGAAUAUGACGGCGCGGGCGCGAUAGAACGCGCUUACAACGACUUCAAGGCAGGAAAAGCUACACGGACAGGCAUCAUGGUGCAUUACGUAAUUGUCAAGGUUGACCGUGGUGCGCCCAUCUUGACCAAGGAGAUUCCCUGGGAAGGCGAGGAUCUCGCGCAACUGGAGGAAAAGAUUCAUUCGCAUGAGCACGAGCUCAUUGUACAGGCCUCUGCAAAGGUCUCUGGAGAGAUUCUUGCUGCGAGGAAGUAGAAUAUUAUAAUGAAUGUAAUGAAGCAAAAUAUCAAUAAUGGUCUAUAAGUGCACAAAAAUCAUGCAACUCUACAUAAAGAUCACAACACUAUAUGAAUUAGAACAUAUGCCCCAACCUGGCCAACCAGCCGCCUCUGUUAGGGUCGACAUCGUCUUCCUCCACAUUGUUGGCCCGGACAACGCUCAAAAAUACGCUCUCCAAACUAGCAGCGGCCACUGAGUAACAAUCGAGACCCAGUCGGUCCUUGUUCUCUUCAAUCAGGUUGAUGACCUUUGCGAUGUGAAGCUCCUUAGAUGGCACCUUCUCAUCACCUAUGGGAGCAACUUGCGUUGGGGAUCCCGGGAUGGUGAAGCGCACUUGUCCGCCGACCAUAUCUCUUUCGAGCUGUGCUUGUUCAAUAUUCUCAUGAAUAAACGCCCGGACGGUAUCCAUCUCUUUCUCUGUAGACGAGGGCGCCGAACGCAGAAUCAAACUGAUAUUAUAGACGUUGCUGUACUUCUGGCGGAGAGCUUGUGAGGUUCCAAUUGCCAAUAGUCUUCUCGAGAUAAUUGCUGCUCGUGUCGCUAGCGUGUCGGCCUCUUCC